AAAAUCAAGAAAAGUAUCACUUUCUUCAUAUUUUUGUCUUAUGCUUUGUUUUCUCAUAGGAGGUAAAAAAAUGAACUGGGUAAAGUGGGAGAGAGUGUGUAAAGAAAAGGAUGAGGGUAGGACAGAAGCUGAAGCAAGGGGUGUAGCCGUGCAGGAUACAUGGGUAUCGAAGUAUAGCAAGGGAGGCCAUUACCAAGUCAGCUUGGCGUACAAAAGUAUGAAGCAAAGAGUCCAGUGCAGGAGGAAGCUGCAAAUUCAUGUUGGAGUGGAAUAAAAAUGUGCCUUUGAAGGUAGCGAACCUCUUUUUCUUUUUUUGCUUUUCUUUUUUUUUUCAAAAAUGUGAAAUGCUUUGGAUUUAGUUGAAUAAGGCCCACAAGUUUGAAACAUGCAACAAAAUGCAAGAUGGUGAGAACUUCUUCGAAUGAGAGCUUGUACAUUUUUUUUUUUUUUUUGAAAAUCAUGACUUAAAGGACUUGAUUGAAGAACAAGAAAAUAUGAGGAUCAAAUUUGAUUUUAUUCUAAACAUGAAAUGAGCAUGAAAUGAAUGUAAAUUUGACAUGGGAUGGAAAAUGUGAUGUAAGGUUGAAUAUGAGUUGCAAUGAAAAAUGAGAUUGAAA